AUGUCCACGGUCGCGUGUGGAGACCCGUGCCGGGGCCGCACCUCCUCCUACCGGGCCCUCCGCAGCGCCGUGUCCACCCUGGCGCGCGUGGACGAUUUCCACUGCGCGGAGAAGAUCGGCGCCGGCUUCUUCUCCGAGGUCUACAAGGUGCGGCACCGACAGUCGGGGCAGGUCAUGGUGCUGAAAAUGAACAGGCUCCCCAGUAACCGGGGGAACACGCUCCGGGAGGUGCAGCUGAUGAACCAGCUCCAGCACCCCAACAUCCUAAGGUUCAUGGGGGUCUGUGUGCACCAGGGGCAGCUGCACGCUCUUACCGAGGUGAGAAUGGGCCAGGAAGGGGGACCCCACGCCACCAGGGGGGGAGAGGUCAAUGGCCUGGUGCUUCUGCUGAGGAGCAGUGAGGGCAGCAGGACCUCCUCCCGGGGAGUCUUCCCUAAACUUCCCCUUGGGCAGACGGCGAAAGGCCCCAGCUGUUCUCCUCCUCUCCCCCAAUUGCGCAUACUUCUGUUUACAGGGUCUGUUCCAAGAGGGGGUCCCUCUGCCACGCUUCCAGGCCCAGACCCUCGGCUCUCCCGAAGCCGAUCAGACCUCUUCCUGCCCCCAUCACUAGAAUCACCCCCCAACUGGGGGGACAAUCUGACUCGAGUCAACCCCUUCUCACUGCGGGAAGACCUCAGGGGUGGCAAGAUCAAGCUCCUGGACACACCCAGCAAGCCAGUCGCCCCCUUGCCCCUUGUACCACCAUCACCACUGGCCUCCUCCCGGCUGCCCUUGGUGACCACUCCAGAGACCCUACUCCAGCCUGGAACACCUGCCCGCCGUUGCCGCUCAUUACCAUCAUCCCCUGAACUCCCCCGACGCAUGGAGACGGUACUGCCAGGUCCUGGCCCUCCCUCUGUGGGCCCCUUGGCUGAAGAGAGAAUGGAGUGUGAGGGCAGUAGCCCUGAGCCAGAACCCCCAGCUCCUCAGCUGCCCCUGGCUGUGGCCACAGACAACUUCAUCAGCACUUGUUCAUCAGCCUCCCAGCCCUGGUCCCCUAGAUCAGGACCUCCCCUUAACAACAACCCCCCAGCUGUGGUGGUGAACUCCCCACAGGGCUGGGCCGGGGAGCCCUGGAACCGGGCCCAGCAUAGCCUGCCCCGGGCAGCAGCGCUGGAGCGGACAGAACCCUCACCACCCCCUUCAGCUCCUCGGGAGUCCGACGAGGGGCUACCCUGCCCUGGCUGCUGCCUGGGCCCCUUCAGCUUUGGCUUCUUGUCCAUGUGCCCCCGCCCCACACCAGCUGUUGCUCGCUACCGCAACCUGAACUGUGAGGCGGGCAGUCUCCUCUGCCACCGAGGGCACCGUCCAACAGAAGAGCAGUUUGGGAUGCUGAGCUCAGGGGCGGCUAUGGGAGUGGGUGGCAGCAUGGCAUGGAGCUGA